AGGCGACUGUGCACAUACACACACACACAUAGACACACGCAGAUACAGAUCAUCCGCUGCAGGAGCAACACGGGCAUGCCAAAGUAACACAGCAAAAAGAAAAAAACGGGGACAAGCAGAAGAAUAGGAGGCCUGUUGCAGCUGCUAAGGAAUGUCCACCGUGCAGACCUGAGGUAGAAAAUGAAGCGCAAGAGCGAGAGGAGGCGAGCCGAGUCGAGGAAAAAGCGCUGUGCAGCCCUGCACAGCUCAGAGGCGGAGCCUAACUCUGAUGUUUACAUUGAGAUUGCAGACUUUACUCAGUAUGCGCAAAUCCUCUUGAAGAAAAACAACCUUUCUCUGCAAAACGUCAUGUUCAAAACUGCGGGCAAGAUGACCGCGGACGAUGUUUCGUCCAGAUGUAUUGAGUUCAUCAAGGAUCAACUAUAUUUCGCCACACUUCAGCAAAAGAUCAAGAGCACAACUGAACGACACUGCUUCUGCAUAGAUGAAGAGCUGGCCUAUGAAAACUUCUAUGCGGACUUUGGUCCCCUCAACCUGGCCAUGUUUUAUCGCUUCUGUUGCAAGCUGACAAAGAAGCUCAAGUCCAUUACACUUUCAAGGAAGAAGAUCAUAUUUUACACCUGUGGAGACCAGAAGAAACAAGCUAAUGCUGCCUAUCUAAUAGGCUCAUAUGCAGUAAUGCACCUUAACAUGAUGCCGGAGGAGGCCUACAGUCUGCUGAUGUCAAGGAAUGCAACAUAUAUUCCAUUCAGAGAUGCUUCGUUUGGAACCUGCAUGUACAAUCUGAAUAUCCUAGAUUGCCUCCGUGCCGUUCACAAGGCUCUGCAGUACGAUUGGCUCGACUUCUCCAACUUUGAUGUGGAAGAAUAUGAGCACUAUGAGAGAGCAGAAAAUGGCGAUUUGAACUGGAUCAUUCCAGGAAAGUUCCUCGCAUUCAGCGGUCCUCACCCAAAAAGCAAAAUAGAGAAUGGCUACCCUCUGCAUGCUCCUGAGGCCUACAUCCCUUACUUCAGGAAACACAACAUCACUAGUGUCGUCCGACUCAACAAAAAGAUGUAUGAUGCCAGACGUUUCACAGAGUCGGGCUUUGAACAUCACGACCUAUUCUUUGUGGAUGGGAGUACACCGACUGACUCUAUCGUCAGAAAGUUCCUCAACAUCUGUGAGAACGCUGAAGGAGCCAUCGCUGUCCACUGCAAAGCCGGUCUCGGGAGAACUGGCACUCUGAUUGGCUGCUACAUGAUGAAGCAUUACCGCCUGACUGCUGCAGAGGUGAUAGCCUGGAUACGGAUCUGCCGGCCUGGGUCCAUCAUUGGACCUCAGCAGAACUUUGUCGAAGAAAAGCAGAACAGUCUGUGGGCAGAGGGAGAUAUUUUCCGGGAGAAAAUGCUUAAUGAACAAGAGAAUGGUAAAAUGGCUGUAACCAGAAUCCUAUCUGGAGUUGAUGACAUAACCAUUAACGGGAGCAACAAGAACAGAGCAUCCAAGAAAGAAGAAAUGGAAAUGUAUAAUGAUGAGGAGGAGAGAAAUGGCCUCACGCAGGGCGAUAAACUGCGAGCCCUGAAGAGCAAGCGACAGGCCAGAUCAUCAUCAGGGUCGCUAUCACAAGAAGAGAAUAAGAUUCACACCAGGUCAUCAUCACAGUCCCUGAACAGGGCCAUCUUGCAGGCCAGUGUUCAGGGCUGUAAGGCCAGUGUCAACCCUUUGGCUCUGUCUGAUCACUCAGACAGCAGGAAGAGGACCAGAACCUCACUGCCAGCCAACGGAGUAGCAGGCAGCAGCUCCCUGUGCCACACCAGACUGGUCAGGUCCCUAGGCAACUUGCAUGUAGUGGCUGGCGACAGGGACCCAAUGUGUUGGGAGCCAUGUGGCGGCCACAGAGACACAGCCAGUGCCCCAGCCAACACAUGCAAUCUCAUCAACUUAAACAUGGCACAGGCAAGCUCCCUCAGACCCACUCUGAGCCAAAUGGAGGCUCUGGAUACUUUUGCACACAAACUCUGAUUAUUCUUUUUAUGAAGACUUCUCCUCUGUAUCCUCCAAUUGGGGGAAGUCAUAUUUGAAAUGGUUUCUUUUAAAUUUUGGCAGCAGUGGGAUGAUUUGAUCUGUGUAACAAAGUUAAAGAUCAAGUCGUUAGUGCCUGUGAAUCCAGCCAAAAUCCAGAGUCUCAGUAUUCUCUCCCUCUUUCUCCUCUGUGCUCAUGACAGUGGUCAUAAAUAAUCACUUAACGUACUUCGGCUGGGCUGCAUCAACAAGGAUUAGACAAAAUUGAAUUGUGAUUCAGAUCGUUCUCAGUCGGAUGUUUUUACCAGGUUAUGAAUAAGCAGGAUUCAAUCUCACUUUUAAAUGAUGGUUCGUUGAGGAAAGAUCAACAGACUUAUUCGAAAUGAUUAAUGGAUUUGAAAGAUUAUUUUAAAAUAUGAGAAAUUACUUUUCCUGCUGAAUCUGGCAACUUUUGACAAAUGUUGAGGUUAAUUUGCCAGUGGAUAUCCUAAUAUAACAGAGUGGUAAAUUAAAUGAAAAAUAAGAACAACAUUUAAAUUCUAAUAUAACCAAGAGAAGUAAUUUAUUGUUUUUUAGCUUAAUGUGUAACAUAGGUAAUAUAGAUUAAAGGUGCCCUGUGGUGUUUCUAGUCAAUAAACAAGUGUUUAUAUUUAGCAUUUUUCAGCAUAAGCAUUGGAGUUACCUUUUAACUAAACUGAUUGUUUGACUUUCAAACCUUUUCAGGUUUUUAAAAACCUGCAUUGCAGAAUCAAUCCAUAGUCUUUAAGGCGGAGCUUCCUAUCGGUGCAGUUACAUGCAGUCUAGCACGGAGGGAGAAUGGGCGAAUAGUAUCAUUUCUUAUAAGGCGUGUCCAUGAGAAAAUAUGAGGGGCGUGGGUUUGUAAGCAGCUGUUCUUGCCACCGUUCAAGCAGCUAUUGUGCAUUUGGAAAUCCCUUGACUUCGACAGGUGGAGAUCUUCAAUUGUCUGGUAUGACAAGACUGAUUGUCAAUAAUCAGUAGUUAAACCAUGAUGGUGCAACCCAGCCAAGUGUCUUCUUUACUAUACUUUCACUAUACUAUACUUUACUAUUCAUCUUUACUGUAUCUAGCCUGACUUUGUCAAGUACUAUUUUGUUCCACUUUGCAAAUUAAAGACAGGAGUUACUAACAUUUUAUAAAUCUGACGCUGCUUGCGCAGCACAGUCAGCUGACCAAAUGAAACUCAACCUGCCUCGGUCUCGCUGCACUUCCUUCAAGUGUCUUUCCUUGCAUCUUUACUAAGAACAGGGAAGUUGGGAGUAUGACUGGCUGUAGCUUCUCCGUUCUCUGCUGCUCACCGUGUCUUUCGCCUCUGGGCUGUGAUCACCACUCUGUAGCAACCUCUGCAUCCUUUUUUAACUGCGGCUCAUCUGUAAUGUUUCUCUUUCCUCCUCUGUUUAUAUUUCUUGCACACAACAGACGCACUGUCUCCAGAGGACGUAAAGCUCGCAGCUCUUUGCAAUCAAUGAGAUUUUCCAGGCUAUGGUAUCUAUCUCCUUUUCACUUUCUGUCGUCCUGUUUUUGACAUUUUCUUCUUUUGAAUUUGUUAUAAAGCGUUCGUAAAAGCAUGUUAGUGAUUUGCAUAAAUAUUGAUUGCAUGAAUGAUAAAAAUGUUGACAGAUGAAUUGAAUUGUGGAUAGUGCAGUGUACUUCUGUGAUGUCCAUCCCUUUUUAUUUAUGCUUCCUUUCUCUUUUUCUUCUUUAGUCACUCUAUACCCAAAGCUAGAGCUCCUCUACUUCGGUGAGCACAUGGACCUGGAAACCCUGAGGAAUUUUAUGUUAAAUCCAACUUCUAUACAAUACUCUUUCAAUAGAUUUUGAGAAGAUUAGAACUAAUUUUAACCAACGUGACAUAAAUCAUUUAUACAUUGUUUUGAUUACGAGUUAUUUUACCCAUAAGGCACUUUCGUUUUUAUAUAUUUUUAAACACAGCAUCAUGAAACAAAAGCAUAUUCUAUAAUCAUUGCCUGGUUGUUCUUACUUAUCAAAGCAUGUAUUAGCAAAAAUCAGAUUGAACCGCAACUGUUAGACCGGCAUGUGAAUGUGUGAAAAUGAACACUGUGCAGCAGAUAUUUUUGUUUGUACAGCGCGAGAAUCACAUUUGUAGAUGGAUGAAUCCAGGAGUGUGAAAACACCUGGUGAAGAGCUUAAGAUAAAAACCUGCUCUUUGACCUUCAAGGCUCAUGUUAAAACAGGAGCUUGGAUCUAAAUGAAAUAAAGUAUUGCAGGAAUCCAUCACAAGUUAAAAGUACAGUACUGUGCAGAUUUGUACCUUCAUUCUCUUGUCUGGCUUGUAUUUUUAUUCCUUUUUAAAUUUACUUGUGAAGCUUUUCAGCUACUGCAUUUCAAGACUGUAAAUAUGUCCACAUUUGAUAUACUCAGUUUCUAUUUUGUAAAUAUUUUGUACUAUGUUUUAAUCAUGCUAUGAAACAAGUCAAUGGUCCUGAAGGGGCCUUGUCUUACUCAUGUUCAUAAUCCACUAAAUACUGGCUUUGAGCACAUAGAAUCAUACUUUUUAAAUAAACUGUACUCCCCAGUU